CUCUCAGCUCGAAUUGAAAACGUCAAACACCUCGCCGGGCCGGUUACACUGAUUAACAAAAAUAUCUUUUAUGUCUAGGAGCGUAGUGAAACUUAAACGUUAAUUUUGUGUUUGCAGAAAAGAUAAACAUUAAUAAAUUUACAAGAAGUAUUGUAAAGCAUCUAAAAAUGGAAGGGCUAGAAUUAGUAUCAUCAAACAAGAUAUUUGGAGGGUUUCAAAAGGUGUACUCCCAUCAAUCAACCGAAUUGCAAUGCAAAAUGAACUUCUCAAUCUAUAUGCCACCUCAAGCUGAAGGUGGUGAUGUUAAGUUGCCAGUUAUCUAUUAUCUCUCUGGACUUACUUGCAAUGAACAAAAUUUUAUUACAAAGUCAGGUUUCCAAAGGUAUGCGGCUGAAAAUGGCAUUAUUGUUGUUGGACCUGAUACAUCUCCGAGAGGUGUUAAAGUUCCCGGUGAUGAUGAAUCCUGGGAUUUUGGUGUGUCAGCCGGUUUUUACCUGGAUGCUGCAAAAGAUCCGUGGUCCAAAAAUUACAGAAUGGGCAGCUACUUGACUAAGGAAUUGUAUGACCUUAUCCUUCAGGCAUUUAGUAACAAUGUUGAUCCUACUAGAAUUGGGAUAAUGGGACACAGUAUGGGAGGACAUGGAGCUUUGGUGUCUGUAUUAAGAAACCCUGGCCUAUAUAAAUCAGUCAGUGCAUUUGCACCAAUAUGUAACCCUACUAAAUGUCCAUGGGGUGAGAAGGCUUUUACUGGUUAUUUAGGUGAAGAUAAAAGCCAAUGGGUAGAAUGGGAUGCAACUGAACUUGUUAAGAAAUAUGAUGGACCUCCGCUAACUUUGCUCAUUGACCAGGGUGCUGGUGACAAAUUUUACAUUGAGAAACAAUUGCUACCUGAAAACUUAGUGGAGGCUUGUCGCUCUGUUGGUGUACCAAUCAUUUUGAACCUACGUGAAGGCUAUGACCAUUCUUACUAUUACAUCUCUUCAUACAUUGGAGAGCAUUUUGAUUUUCAUGCUAAAAUACUUAAAGCUUAGAUUGAACUAACAAUGACUAAGAGCAUCAAAGCAUAGAUAUUACUAAUCAGUUAUUGGUUUUUGUUCUGUGUAAAUCUACAAAAGUACAAUAUGGGUUACCUAUGUUGGCUUGUUAGGCUGUCUGAGACGUCCAUGCAUAUAACACUUAAAAAUUAUCAUUGACUAUAAUUAAACUGUACCAUAUUUAUAUCACUAGCCUAACUAAUCAAUUGCAUGGUUUUUACAAAAAAUACUUCGUAGCCAUAUUGUAGUUUGUUAAGGCUACAGCCUAUUUUAAUAACAGAUUUAUAUAAUUUUUAUUUCCAUUUUGUACAUACAUAACUUUUUUUCUAUUAAAGGUGCAUUUAUAAAAUAUUUUUAUGAAUAAAAGUUUUUAUUAU